AAAAAGGUGGCGGGGCGGCCGGCCAGCCUGCUUUCAGUGGAGCGGAGCGGAGAGCAAGGCUCCACUUUCGGCGGCGCCGUCGCCGUCGCCGUCGAGGGUUCGCGCGCGCGCGUGGUGGGGGUUCUAAUUUGGUCCUGCCUGGCUCUGGCGGCGGCGGCGUCAGCCUCUGGUGGCGGAGCAGGAGGGGGAGAUGGCGGCGGCGGCGCCGUGCACCUCGCGGAGGUCGUUCAGGGACUCGCUCAAGGUGCUGGAGGCCGACAUCCAGCACGCCAACACCCUUGCUCUGCCGCAGGGCGUCGGACUUCUCGCCGGACUACGACGGGGCGGCGUGCCCGCAGAUGCGCAUCUCGUACAGCCCCGCCGCGCACAUCUUCCUCUUCCUCCCGCAGCGGGCCGACUGCAGCGUCGCCGGCGCGCACAUCUUCCUCUUCCUCCCGCAGCGGGCCGACUGCAGCGUCGCCGGCGCGCUCGGCCUCCUCAGGAUCCCCAUCUAGUACAAGGUUUAUGUGGACGGCACCACAGCCAUUUGUCCACCCACGAAAGGAAAGCCAGCACCAAGGAAUUCUUUCUACGCUGUGAUGUUUCCCUCCCUUGUGCAACUGGAACACGGGAUCAGCGAAACUGACGACCCGAGGCAGAGGGCAGUGUGCUCGGAGAGGUGUCAACGCAUGCUAUAUUCCAAGUCGGUGGAGGCAUCAUCUGAUCGAGGAUGAAGACAAGCUAUUACCAGUAAUUCUGAGUCAUCUGUGAUACAACCAAGACCACCGUUGUCGCGCGUUAAUGGACUACCGGUCAUGAAUAUUUUACGUGCCAAAAGUACUUCAAUUUGGUAUACUCCUAUAUACCAAGGAGGUCAAGGGUUUUGUUGCGACGGCCGCUAAAAGAUGCAGCUACAGGACCUUUAUGUGCAUAUCAAGAUAAACACAUAUGAGAUGAUGCAUUUCAACAAAAUUAUUUGGCCGGCCAGGCGAAUUUACCAUGACACCCAGAGAUGAUUAAUCCUCUGCUUUUGCAGCAAGUAAUUUGGUUAUACAUACCUUUUCCAGCCUGUGCAGCAGAUAGGUUUUGAACUGCCGAACUCCGCGCCCGCUCGAGUUCGGAUCCAUCUUGUGCACCUUCUCGAAUGCGGUGAACCGGCCUUGUGUAACAUAACUCAACAAGUCAGUUAGUCAGGUGGAGAACAAAACAAAAACAGAGGAGCAAUGAGCUACAUGAACAGAAUUUAGUGCUAGCGUGAAAGUGAGGCAACCACAUAUGCUCAACUAAAUUAAGUUUUUUACAUGACAGACAUGGUCGGUUUACUUAUAGUUCAUCU